AUGGCUUCCGAAGCUAGCAGCGCAGCGAGCCCGUCGCCGCCCGUCGCCAUUGUCUGCGUCGGCAUGGCAGGCUCCGGCAAGACGACGUUUAUGCAACGCAUCAACGCUUAUCUCCACGAAAAAGAAACCCCACCCUAUGUCAUGAACCUCGACCCGGCCGUCAUGUCGGUACCGUUUGAGUCGAAUAUUGACAUUCGCGACUCGGUCAACUACGAGGAGGUCAUGAAGCAGUACAACUUAGGGCCCAACGGUGGCAUCCUUACGUCGCUCAACCUCUUCGCUACCAAGGUCGAUCAGGUCGUGAACCUGCUAGAAAAGCGCACCAAGCCCGACCCCGAAAACCCGCAAAAACAGCCCAUUCACAACAUCCUCGUUGACACGCCCGGUCAAAUUGAAGUGUUUGUGUGGUCCGCCUCUGGCACUAUUCUCCUCGAAUCGCUGGCGUCGUCGUUUCCGACCGUCAUUGCCUACGUCAUCGACACGCCGCGCACGUCGUCGACGUCGACCUUUAUGAGCAACAUGCUGUACGCGUGCUCGAUCCUGUACAAGACCAAGCUGCCCAUGAUUCUCGUAUUCAACAAGACGGACGUCAAGGAUGCCGCGUUUGCCAAGGAGUGGAUGACAGACUUUGAAGCGUUCCAAGAGGCCCUCCGUCGCGACGAGGAGUCGGACGCGCUGGGCGGCGUCGAGGGCGGCGGCCACGGCGGCAGCGGGUAUAUGGGCAGCCUGCUCAACUCGAUGAGUCUGAUGCUCGAGGAAUUCUACGCGCACCUGAGCAUGGUGGGUGUCAGCGCGCGCAUGGGCACGGGUGUGGACGACUUUUUCGCGGCCGUCGAGGAGAAGCGUCAAGAGUUUCUACGCGACUACCAGCCGGAGCUGGAGCGCCGUCGCGUUGAGCGCGAGAGCCAGAAGAAGGUGGCGCGUGAUAAGGAGCUCGACAAAAUGAUGCAGGACAUGGCUGUGGGCGGUCAGGGCGGUGCGGCGGGGGAAGCCGUGGGCGACGAGGACAUGGAGAGCAGUGGCGAUGAUGAGGACUCGGGCGACGAGGCGGCCAAGAAGAGUCUACAGGAGCGCUACCAAGCGGCCAUGGGUGACAAUGAGGACUCGGUGCUGGCGGAUGCCAGUUUUGCGCAGUAUCUGCACAAGAAGAGGUAG